UUCAUCCCAGAUCGGGCGUAUGACAUCCUGAUCGUGUCGGUGGGUCACAGACCAUUGCUCCGGGAGAAGGUUUCACUAGCAAGGGACUUGUGGGCUGCAGGGUUGAACGCAGACAUCCAGUACGAUAAAGUACAGAAUCUGGAGGAGGUACAGGAACACUGCCGAACCUCAGGGAUUCCCCACCUUGUCGUACUCAAGGAUGUCGAAAAUGAACUAAAGGUCAGGACAUUUGAGAAUGGAAGAAUGGUUGACAGGAAAAUGACGUUGGCAGAGUUGGUGGAGAUGAUGCAGCCUAAGACCUCAGUCAGCAAGCAGCUUAGCUCAUGUGAUCACAGUGAUGUGCCAAAAACUUCAAGUGGACAAGCUGUAUCUUACAACACUCGCUUCUUAAGCACUGACAGGAUUCCCAUCAACCAGAAACGGCUGUAUGAGAGACAGAUAUCGACUAACAUCAGUCCUACUCUGGAGCAUUUGUCAACCAAAAUGACUGUUGAAGUGUUGGCUACUGAACUACCUGGAGCUGUAGUGAAGACAAUUGCAGCUUAUGUAGAUAUGGAGAAUGAGGAGACGUUUCGGCUCAGUGUCAGUGAAGUAACGGACAGGCACUCACGCUACAGGAAAAACAUUACACAGGUUAUAGACAUGGUACAGGAGCUGCGGUUCGAAAAGGGAUGUUCAAUUAUAAUUAUUUACAGCCUAGGAGAUGAAACCUUUCGUCUCCUCCUGUGACAGCACACAAUAUUCUUCCCUAGAAUCAUUCAUGGUUGGUAAAACUAAAUGCAUUCUGCUUACCCUGCUCACGUUAUGGGUCGGUGCGUUUCUUUGGAAUGUGACGUAUACAACUUAUACAAAUAACAACAGAAGCAGGAGUAUUGUGUACCACAUGUUCAUUUUGAACAGAGUUAGAGGGGAUUUGUACAAAAAGCAUCAAUAGUAAUGCAGGAUAUAUAUAUAUAUAUAUAUAUAUAUAUACAUAUAUAAUGUUACAUGUGCAUACGUACAUGUGUAAAUACACGAACACAUAUAUACAUGCGCACACACACACAUAUAUUUAUUAUCAGGAGUACUCUUAUAUUGAUGUGCCACUUCAUAGGGAACAACCAGUUGUUGAAAUAUUUUAUAGGGGACUGGAGUGAUUGUAUGAAUUGAUUCUCACAUUUAAAUAGAUUGUUUCUGAAAUAUU